AUGGCGGAUUCACCUCGCAGUAUUCUGGCCCGGCUGGAGCAGCUUAAGAAGUGGCAGGAAGAACAGCAGCGCGUGUUACUUGAAAAGCACAUCGCCCAACAGCAGCUGCUAGAGCAGGAGCAGCAUAAAAUGUACGAAGUUUUGGGACUUCAGCCGCACACAGUGGACGAAGAUGAACAAGAAUCUUUCCCAGAGGACAGCGACUCCGAGCCAGAGUAUGAGGAAACGAACCUUGAAGCUCAGCUAGCAUCCGAGCGCAUCAAACCCAACGACGCCGACAACAAUGAGAGUACUUUGCGUACUUCGAACGCCAACUUCCCUUCGUUGGAACCGAAAGGAGACGCUCCGCGAAAGAACGUUCCGAAAAAACCGUACUUGAAGCGAGGAGAAGGUCUGCGAACCAGGUUUAGAGUGGAUCCGGAUAAGUUUAAGUUAGACAAUUUGCCAAAAUACAAAUUUGCGAAUCACAAUAGGGAUCGAAACAAUCGCAAACUGGGAGGAAAGCGGGAUUCAAGCAAUCGUGCAGAUGAACUCGGAGGCACCGACCCGACGAAACCAUUGCCAGUGGCCAAAUCGACACGCGCGGACUCGGCCGGAGUGGAUAGAAAAACGAAAACAACCGGCAAGAAGCCGCGAAACAACAGUGACGCAGGAAUCGUUCUCGACGUGAAUCGAGUGCAGGAGAAGAAACUAAAGCUACCUGCACGGCAGGGUGGCUCGCUUCCCGCGGUGAACGAAGAUCCACCGACCGGGGACUGUAUGGCGAAUUUGGUGGAGCUGGUAAAACAAUCUUGCCCCGAACCGGUGAAGGUGCCGCACAAACAAACCGACAUCAUCCCGAAUGCUCCAUGGAAAAGCCAACUGGACCCGGCAUCGAGCGGCAGUAAAGAGCAGCGUGAAUUGAACUUUUUCGAACUCCUCGAACAGAAGGUGGUUGGUAAGAGUUUCAAUUCCAAUUCCAGCAGUAUAUUGCGUUUCAUUGCUUCAAAUGAUAGCACGGCGUGCGAGUUGACGACGAUGACGCAGGACGACGUAGGAUGCGCUCAGUUGGAAAUCGUCGGUCCACUGGUGCACCGUGGGGAGAUCGCAACGAUCGAUCGCAUCUCUCCAGGUCCCUCCAAGGUGGUCGCUAUGAUGGCAAAUGAUUCCGACGGAAGCGACACGGAAACGGAUAAUGAAGACGAUCAGGGACACGUACGCUUCGUUGACGGUGGAACACAUCAUGAUUCCGACACUACCGCCAAUGAUCACGAGUCGAUUCUGGGCAUGAAGGCGAUGGCACGGAGUAAAAUGUCCACACCGAACGAUAAAUUUGCACAACGUUCUGAAUCGUUCGAACAAACAGGGUCAUCCAGUGAGAGCGACCAGUCAGAUGAUUGUUCGGAAAACGAUCCGACGGACAACGGACAGAGCGACCGGGAAGAAACGGCCGUGCCGAACACCGACGACGAUACGCUUCGCAGUGAGAUUCUGGCCAAAAGUGAACUGCUGAAGGAACGACUAGCCGAACUGGAGCGUGAAAUCGAUAGCUAUCGGCGCGAGAACGCAGAGUUGAUACGCGCCAAACAAGAUCACGAAAUGGAACGGCUCAAACUGCAGCAGGACCGCGAGGAGCAGGCGGAACGAUUGGCCGACGAGCGCAUCAAAAUGGAAGUCUACUUUCACGACGAACGGAUGAAGAUCGAGGCGGAACGGAAGCAAGCACUGCGUGAGGCCCAGAAGCCGAAUCGAAAAGAUCGCGACGAAAUUUUACGGCUCACCGACGAGUUGGGCGAGGCGCGCCAGCACCAGAAAGAGCGCGAAGCGAAGCACAGUGCAUCGUUGGCUCGGUUUCGGGCGCAGGCAAAAACGGUGGAAAAAGAUCUGCAGGAAGUGCGGCUAGAGUUGGAGGUGCUAAAGAAGGACAACCGGCGAUUGGAAACGGAAAAUGCGCGCCUUAAGCGACAAAACAAUAGCCGGAUGCUGGUGGAGAUAAAUCGAAACAUUGCCAAGCUGGCCGAAGGAAGCGGUGAGCCAAGGGAAGGCAAACCCGCCCCUGAAGGCGACCAUAAGCCGUCGGCGAGAGGAGAUGGCAAGAUGGCCCCGGCAAACAAUAAAUCGAUCAGAGCGCGAACGAUACAAAUCACUGAGCGGAAUGUGCGAGUGCCGCAGACGAGAGCGAAGGUGAUGAGCCAUCUGUCGAGUCACGGUCGUCAGCCAACGGUCGUAGCUCCCCUCAAACGCGGCAGCUCGGUGCCGAUGAUGCAUAUUAACGAUGCAAGUUCGGAAACGGACGAGAACGAAGAAAAUAAUCGCUGGCGCCACACAAUGCACACAAAUCGAGUUUCGUCAGAUGACGAUGAUUUCUCCGACGACGAUGACGCAGAAGAGAAUGAGAUGCAGGGUGAGGACUCCAGCUCCGCGCUGCAGGACGGCGAUGGUCACCAGGAAGCGUCACCCUAUUUUACGAACCCACCAGCGGUACGCAAAACACUUUUUAACGCUGCGAGGGCUGCAAGUCAUCCCGGCAACGGUGGCAUAGUGCGAAAAGAGGACAAACCGGGCCAGGAAGAGGCCAAAAGUAAAACGUCCACCAGUCGUACACCCGAAGCGACUGAAGUGAUCAACAGUUUAAAGAAAGAGAUCGUACACUCGGACGGGAGCAGAGAAAUACGUUUCCCGAACGGUAAUAUAAAGAAAAUAUCGCCCGACGGACUGACGAUUCGGAUGCAGUAUUUUAACAAGGACAUCAAGGAGACGAACGUGUCCGAGGGUACGACCAAAUACUACUACUCCGAAACUGGCACCUGGCGCACGACCUAUCUCGAUGGGCUCGAGAUCACGGAGUUUCCUAAUGGUCAAAGGGAGCACCUGUUCAAGGAUGGAUCGACCGAGGUACACUUUCCGAACGGUUCGAUACGCACGACAAACCCGAACAGUGUUGAUAUUGCCGAGGAGUGGAAAUACCACGACGGAACCACGAUGAUCAUACGGAAGAACGGUGACAAGGAGAUUUCGCUUCCGAACGGUCAGGUUGAAAUACAGACAAAGGCCCACAAACGACGUAUCUAUCCGGAUGGCACCGUCAAGUACGUCUACCCGGACGGCAGCCAGGAAUCGCGCUAUUCGAAUGGUCGCGUGCGGUUAAAGGAUAAGGACGGGCGAUUAGUUUCCGAUACGGGAGGCGCUGGUAGCAACUGGUAG